CUUCAGAGAGAAACCACUUUUAACAGCUUCAGAGCAACAUGAACAAUAUAUUUGUUUUUCUAUGUAUGCUGUCGAUGCCAACAACUAUUUUAACAGGCUCUCAUUCUUUCUGCAUGCUUACAACAAACAUUAAAGGACAGACUCCAUUUCCUCAAUUUAGCGUCACUUUUAAGUUGGAUGACAUCACGGUGGGACACUAUAAUUCAGAAGCUGGGACGUACAUUCCUCGAGAAAAUACUACAAAUGAAGAUAUGAGGAUUUUCUAUAUUAAUAAUGAAAUGAAGGAAUUGCAGCCUUUUCUUGAUGAAUUAAUUAAAUCUGAAAACCAAACAGAAGGUCCACUAGUGUCUCAGUUGAUGACUAUGUGUGAAGUGUCGGGCAAUGAGAAAGCUGGUAAAUUAUUUACUACGUAUGCUAUUAGAGGCUCCACUCGAGAUGAAAUGAAUUUGUUGAACAAUAAGCUUACAUAUCAGGGCACAAGAGAAUUGACAAAACUACAACUGGAGAUAAACAAGUGGGUUCUUGAGACUAUAAUCUACAAACGCUGUAUAAGAGAUCUAAAGUAUUACCUUGAUAUUAGAGGAAUACAAGUAAAAAAGAAAGUGAAACCACGAGUCAGGCUAAUUCAGAAAGCAAACUUAGAUUCUGGAGGGUUUCAUGUGAGUUGUUUGGCAACAGGAUUUUACCCCCGUCACAUUAAUCUGACCCUGUUCAGAGACGGGCAGUCUGUAGCAGAUCAUGAGAUCACUGGAGGAGAUCUGCUGCCCAAUGGUGAUGGGACGUACCAGAUGAGGAAGAGUCUGGAGAUCAGUGCUGCAGACAAACACAAAUACACCUGCUCUGCCACACACCUCAGUCUGGACAACAAACUGGACGUCCUUUUGGAGUUUGAUCAUGGGGAACCAUUUAAAUCAGUGAUUCCCUCAGUUCUGACGGUUUUGGCUCUGAUGUUGGUAUUUGGAGUGGCAGCUGCUAUAAUUGUAUGGAAAAGACGACGUGCAGAUUCAAAUAAAAGUGGUUAUUCUACUGCUUCUACAUCUGAAGAAAGCAUGCACAAAAAAUCAGAAAUUAUGUGAAUGCCAGGACACAAAGUGACACAAAUCUGUAAACCUACACAAUUUCCACUUUAAUUCACUGCUUGAGACCUUAAAUGUAAACAAUUCUAUUUCUUUCAUAACAACUCUCUGAGAGUUUAUCAUUGUAGUAUGCAUAGCAACGUUAAUGUGUUUGGUCUUGGCAGAAUAGAUUUGCUAUGCUGCUGCUGUUGCGGCAAAGCAAGUACCAAGACUUGCUACUGCCAAGACAUUCACAGACAUGCUGCUGUGAGCAAAGAAAUACUGCUGUUGCACAUAUAACCUAUACAAAAUAACUUCCAUAUAUAUCCCAGAUGAAGUCUUUAUUAAUUUGAGAGUGUUGGUAUACAC